AUGGUCGCCCCGCUAUCCCUCGUGCUGUCUCUGCUCGCGCUUGCACUAGCCCCCGCGACGACAGCGCACGCUCCACAACGCCAGAACGUGCCCUGCGGACCAGGGCUCACAGCGUGCCCCGUGUUCGACUACUCUGGCGGGCCCAGGUGGAAGGGGCACUACGAGUGCGUCGCGGUGCACACCGACAUUGAGAGCUGCGGCGGCUGCCUGAGCGAAGAGCACGGGCGCGACUGCACCGCCAUCGAAAACGUCGACGAGGUGCGCUGUAAGCGCGGCCUGUGUGUCGUGCAGACGUGCGUCGAGGGCUUUGUGCCGGACAAGCUUAAUCGCAACUGUGAGCCCGCGAGCAGCUUUGAGCAGUUUGUGCUCGAGUAUUAG